AAUAACAAAAGAAAAAAAAAAGAAAGAACAAGAAUAAAGACAGAGAAAGAAGAACCGAACAAAGGAAUGAGAAAUGGCGUAUCGGAGAAGACAAGGGGUCACAAGAGCUUCCACAUUCAACGACGAUAUCUAUCAUCAAACACCUGAUCUCGAUUACGGUGAUCUCAAAGGUCACUCCAAUGGCAAAUCCUCCUUCAGAUCAUCUCAAUCUUUCUCUUCUCAUUCCUCCCUUGCCGCUCAAGCAAUCCGCGCUUCCUCUUCUCUCAACCCUAAUUCCAAUUCUGAGGUACGAGGAUUCACGGCUUACGAAGAUGCGUCCAAGAGCGAAAGCCGCGGUUUCUGGGGAAUCCUAGCUCAGAAAGCCAAAUCAAUCCUCGAGGACGAAGAAGAAGAGCAGCAAAACGUCGUCGUUUCGGAGCCCUCGAGUAAUAAUAAUAGCAAUCCAACCAUACGCAAAAGCAUAGACAAGAUCACAACGUCUCUGAAUCAGAUCGGAGACAGCUUCGAGAAAGCGUUCGAGGAAGGCCGUACGAUGGUGGCUUCUCAAAUAAGGCGUAAAGGAUCAGACCUAAUGGAUAUACCAGAGAAUCACAAUCAAUCCUCUGGUUCAAACAGUCCAUGGCAGCCAUUAACGCAACCUAACCCACACGAGUCUCAGCUCAAGGCCUCACGUGACGUAGCCAUGGCUACAGCGGCCAAAGCCAAGCUCCUCUUACGCGAACUCAAAACGGUUAAAGCCGACCAAGCGUUCGCUAAGCAACGGUGCUCGCAAUUGGAAGAGGAAAACAAACGGUUAAGAGAUAACCGGGAGAAGGGAACCAACAAUCCUGCCGAUGAUGACCUAAUCAGGCUUCAGCUUGAGACGUUGCUUGCGGAGAAAGCAAGAUUGGCACAUGAGAACUCUAUCUACGCGAGAGAGAACAGGUUCUUGAGAGAGAUCGUUGAGUAUCAUCAGUUAACGAUGCAAGAUGUUGUUUAUAUAGAUGAAGGUAUUGAAGAAGUGGCUGAGGUGAAUCCUUCGAUCACUAGAACGCUAUCCAUGGCUUCGUUUGCUGCUUCUGAGUUCCCUGUGAACUCUUCUUCUCCUUUGUCUCCAUCUUCGCCUUCUAGGCUUUCGGUUUCUACGGAUGUUUAUCCGGUUUUGGUUCAGCAGAGUUCGGCUAGUGAUGUUGGUGGUAGUGCUGACGAGAGUCCUAGACCGGUUCGACCACCUUCUUUGGGAUACACGGAUGAUAUUAAAAGAUCAUUGUCACAGAUGUCUGUUUAGAAAUCGAAGAGAUGAUUACUUAUUACCAUUUUGAUUUUUUUUAUCUGCUUCGAAAGUUUUCUUCUUGUUAACUUGAUUUCAUUUUUGGUUGUCGAUUGUAAUAUUGAUGAACAGUUUUGCCCUCUACAUCCACGUAAAUCUCUAAGGGGAAUUUUAUUGAUUUUUUCUUUUCUUUUGGUAACACAAAACUGAAUAAAAUAUUGUACAUUGUGUUCUUUUGGCAACAAGAAUGAGACAAGUAUAUAUAUGGUUCUCUUUUGUUAUGACAAGUACAUUAGUUUUUUCUCUUUUUUUGGGUAUUUUAGGUUACAAACUCGAAAAUAAUUUGUAGCGACCAUAGCUCCAGACAUUCAUCGUUCGUAUGAUCUCUGUUGAUUAUGAUUGAAUUUUGUCUGUUCGGAAUGUUCUUGUCGAUUGUUUUACUAAGCUGGGGUUUUUGUCAUUACUUGCUUUAUGUGCUGAUGUCUGUUCCUUUCUAUCCGAACAUGAUAAACUGUAGCCUAAAAACUAUGCAUGACGAGAAAAUCUUUGAUGCAAUUGAAUCAGGGAUUGUAGAAAAGAUUAGCGAGACUAACCUAAUUAGUGGAGAACUUAUUCUCUAAUCGCGUCCAACUCAUUUUACUCCAUAUCUCCUAUGUAAAUGGGCACAAGAAAAAGGGUCUCUUCUAGAUUAUCAUACAAUCUUUGUCCUCCAGCCCAUAGCUUAAUAAGGUCACCCACCAGUCCAUAACCUGUUAAGAACUGCUAAUCAUGUGAACAAGCUUAUUUUAGUGUUGACUAACGAACCAUACCCCACUAAAACAUUGGCUUACCUUGUCCAAUUAGUCUCCGUGUUGCUCUUGAUUGGAAUCAACUUCAUCUGGAUUAGCUAUCAAAUUAUGUAUGUUUGUUGUUAUUUCCUCUUCUAUCUUAUUUAAGCGGUUUCACUCUGUAGUUCCUUCUUAUACGCAUCAUGCUCACAAUCAAAGCUAGAGUUGCAUUAGAAGAGAUCCCCAUAUCAAUAAAAACCCUUUUUGAUCCCGUGAUAUCAUAUGUUCUUCCCAAAGCAGACCAGUUACCAAACCAAAACAAUGCGUCAAGUCUAAAUCCAAGGCUGUUGAGUCUCCUUGUCCCCGAAGACGUCGACAUUUCAUAGCGAAGAAACAACAACCAAUAGAAAUGGGAUAAAAGAGAGUUUAGCUCAGAAACAGAGCAAUAAAACAGAAGAUGAAAAUGGUCCAUGAGCUAAGUGAGAAAAAUAAAUAUAAACUUAACCAGUCAACUCUCGUUAUCGUUAAUAUGGGAACUACGUCUGGCCGAGUCAGUGACUCGGAAUUGACUAGAUUCAAAUGGAGAUUACAAAUAGAAAAAAAAACUAGUAUCCAAGCAUCAGUGCCCUUCAUUAGCACUCGAUGCAUACUCUCUCGUCUCCUAUCUUAGGGAACUAGCAAGAACCAAGUCUACUUCUACAGUGCUAUUAUCUCUAGCUCUACACUCAAUUUGAUAACCUUAUGAAUCAUAAGUUAUAAUUAAUCUCUAACCCUUUCUCUUAACACUCUCAGCCUCUCUGUAUGCUAUAAGACUUUCACGUGCAAGCUUCUUUGGAUACAUUCAUGCAUCAUGCCACAUAAGACUAGCAGCCAAAACGCCUUGUGGACUGUACUAGGGCAGGAGGCGAGCAAAACGUCAUUUCUUCAGAUAGCCGCUCCUCUAACGUAGUCCCUUAAAUAGCUUUUCGAGACAUAUACGUUUAUUAUCUUUUCGUCAACGCUUGUAGAUCAAGGUACAUUUUUACUUUUUUAGUAUCAACUAUCCAAAUACGUCUUCCUGUAAUUUUAAAUCUGAAAAAUAUGCAGAAUCGGUCAAUUUGGAGAUGUUGGUUUGCGUCAGUCUAUAAACUAUCCUCUCACAUCAUUUAAGAAGUUGGACGAUACUAUUCUUAGUCUAGGUUCGAGAAGAAAUCAAGAACAAGUUUGAAUCAUUUGCACGAGUGCAUAACCAAAUAGAUCCAGUUCGAAAAUAAUAUUAAACACCUCAAAUCCUCCAGAAAACAGUUCGCAUCCAAAACAGUAAAACCCAAACAUGCGACCAAACUAAUAGAUGUUUCGGUUUUGACACAUGAUCACUGGAACCUAGAUUCACGCGUGCAUGACGGCAAAAGACAAGAACAAGUGAAUCCCCCUACUGGUCGGUCUCACAAGAGCUUCAUUACAGACCUUUUAAAGAAUCUCCAGCUUUGCCUGACCUAGCAUCUGUCCAAGCUUUGGCUAUUGUCUUCUUCAUCUCUUCAUCUCCUCCCUCAUACAUGUUCUGCACAAAUAUAUCACCCAAAAA